UUGUUUGAACUAAAAACAGGUGGUAGCAAUUUUUUAUAUGUAUUAAUUUUUAUUGCGUAUAAAUUUUAAUUUACAGUAAUUUGUUUACAUAAUUGUAUUCAGUUGGCUCCAGGGCAUUAUCGCACCUUUAUCGCCUAGUUUGCAUUAAAUAUAUGUUUAAUUUUAUCUUAAAAUAUAUAUUAAGCAUAAAAGUUUAGGGGAAAAAUAUAUUUAAAAAACUCCAGGCAUUCUCAAAACACAAUAUUAGAUGCAGGUUCAUCUAAUUCAAUAAAUAAGUGUUACAUUUAAGUUUUACAAUAAAAUACUGGCAGGCCUUGAGAAUCACCCACUUUGGGUGUUGGCAGUCUGGCGUCAGACUUCAGCCUUAUCCGUCCAGCUACUGAGGUUGGGCUCCAAGAGCUAUCAACAGAUAGGUCUUUUCAGCCCCCAACACAAUAAUUCCUAAAUCCAUACACACUAACAUUCUUACUCUUGACUAUAUUCUUCCUUAUUUACAUACCAUUCACACAGCUAGAGUAGUGGAGUACUCAAUAUUCUUCUAUCACCCUUUUCACCUAUUAUAAAGGCACACUCUUACACUACACAUUCAUGCCAAUAAAUACAUUCACUCUCUACACACACUAGAGGACACACAACUUGUACUAUACACAGUAAACUAGAAGUACCGUAACAGGGGAACAGAGACUUGCUGCUGUGCUCAAGCACCAUUAUCAUUUAAGUGGGAUUCCUAUGCACUAUAUAUAUGAAGGCAAGGAAUUGCACCAUUAAAUUAGGUUGAGCAACUUUUCUCUGCAGGCUGGACAUUACACGGCUUUGACCAUAAAGUAAGUGUAAGUGUCAGUGUGAUAAGCUCGCAUGGCCUAUUCAUGUCAAGGUUGACCCUUCUAUGAGUCAUAUCCUCCUAUGGACAGUGCUCUUGAUAAGUGCAAGCUCAUCUGCUGAUCCAGCCCACCGACCCUGCCACAUUCUUUUAAUCAUUGCGCUGGAUCACGGCGAUUUAAGUUUUAUAGUUAAUUAUACUGACAUUUGGUUUUGUUUAAUUUCAAUUUAAAAGUUCAAUUUAUUUAAAAACUUAAGGGCUAAAUUUAUUGAAUAAUUUUACUUGGCUAGCAAUUUAAAGAAUAUUAACUGGCAACUAACUUUAAAACUCAAAUUAGUGUUCAAUUUCAACAAAUUAUCGUUAAUUAUUAAUAUUGGCAGCAGAUUCUGACAGAUGCAAAGUAUGCCAAACAGAGUGCAAAGUAAUUCUUCUGUCAAAUGAUAUGCCGGACCAUAUGAAAAUCUUUUUCAACAAUGUCGUUCAAGAAGCAAGAAGGGUCAUCAGAAUCCUAUUAAUACAAAAUAGUCACUGUAAAAUAUUCAUGGAACAAUAUGUUCCCCAUUUGGAGAAAAAAUGCAUGUUUUUUACUCAAAAAUUGGAAGAGAAAAACAAAGAGGUAGAUGCUUUAAACAAUAAAAUGAAGCUGUUAUCAACUCAGGUAGAAGGGAUGAAGAGGGACAUUUUAAAGUUAACAUCCCGGGCACCAAAAACACCACUGUCACAAAAGAGUUCUUUAUUAGGAUCAGAAGCAAAAUCACCUUAUGCAUUUAUGAAUUCACAAUUUCGAGAACUAAAUUCAAGUGUUUUCAUGACCCCGGCUCCUUCAAACACUAGCAAUACGAUGACUCUAAAUGCACGUUCACCUUUUCAUUCUUCACAAAGGAAAGUGACAAUUCCAAGAAGUUUACAAUCAAAUUCAUCAUCAAAUCACAGUGAAAUGUCUUCAGUUAACACCCCUCAACAGCAGUAUAGUGGAAGUCAGAUUUUUGUCAUGUCCGACAGAUCACCAAAAAGUGAUAGUUAUAUUUCAUCACAGAAAAAGCGAGGUUCAACAGUUACUCAAAUUCGGACUUCUAAUUUGCGAAAAAUGAAGAAUUCACUCACAUCGAGAAUUACCAACCUCAAUACGAGCUAUUUCUAGGACUUAACCCCUGCAUUUUUUUUGAGAUCAAAAAAACAAUCGAAGGAAGAAAUUAUUUGACUGGUUCUUUCUGCUCAAAAAUAUAGCCUUUUUGGUGUUACAGUUUAAAAAAUAAUUAUUAUUUGUGUUACUUUAUUAUUUCUCAUUAUUUAAAGAACAAUAAAUUAGUUGAAAAAGUUUACAUAUUUUUUUAACAACUGUCAAAAGGAAAGUUUAAUUAGAUUUGCUUAGUAUUAAUAAGGGGCCAAGUAAAAUAAUUUAUAUUUCUUUAAAUUUUAUGCUAUAAGCCUGCAUUAUUUGUCUACAAUCAAACAGCGAAAAGCUUUUAAUUAAGUUUC